AGCAGCUCACCCUAUUCCACAUGUUCAUGACUACAUCAACAUAUUAAAAACUGUCAAAAUUGUUUUUAUAUCAUCAAAACUUUCGUCUGCAGUACGAUUCUUGAAACCUCUCCCUCACCUCUGUUUCUAACCCCCUUGUUGAACUUGAAGUGAGUCCUUUUUGUUUUUUACGAUUAAAUUAAGCGACGAGGCGAAUUCAUAAGCCAGGAUGAUCGGUUUUUGCUAUACAGUUAUCCAAUUAGCGAGAAAUUGCUCGUGCACAAAUUUUGAUUCGAAAACCAAAGGAGUCAACGCGAGAUCCGACUCAAAAGGACCACCUCACGAAGACACGACUACGCGCACACGCGAACUGCCCACGAAGAGAGCCUGAAACAUCAUGAUGCAGGAUCAACGGAAUUUGUCACAACCAAGAAGUCGAUCACGAGCAGGAGCUCGAAACCGAACGAAGGACCAGCAUGUUCCACCACUUAGCGGAGAUGUACCACGUCAAGAGCAUCACACGGCGGGACGACCACCACGAGAGAACCAUCCACUGGACGAUCCCAAGACGCGGUUCGAAAUGGCUCGCUCCACACUUAAUCCUUCCCCAUCGACGUCCAUGAAAUUUCGCGGUCGCGCUCCCAGCCGGUCCCCGGGCGGCCUGAUUGCAACCGGGGCGCGUUGCGGCGUGUACUUGCUGUCAGGUAGCGCUGUUCUCGUGAAAGCGCAGGGCGCGAUCGAUUCCGACGCAGCGCUGAGAGGAGGUGGCGAGACUGCGGAUGAUAGGACUGGCGGUCGCGAUGUUCGCUCCUGGAGAAGUGACGAGAUCGGCACGACGAGCACAACGAGGGCGGCUAUGCCCACUUCAUCUUUCACCGAAGAUGGCGCAGCUCUCUCCCAAAAUGAACAGCUUGGAGGUGGAUUGGACCGUCGUCGUGGGCAGGUUACUCGGCGGAAAAAGAAAAACCUUCGGGGCGCUGCUAAGCGAGUCGAGGAACACGACGAAAAAUCAAACACCGCGGCGACGGUUCCUGCCGGAUUGCUGCAGAUUGGCACGAAGAAGGGGGCGGCUGUGAGAGAAAGUCAAAUUUCGGACCAGUCGAGUGCACAAAAUGAUUUGGUGGAGGAAGCGGAAGGGGUGCCGGCGGAUGGUGGCACGGCCGCAAACUCUGACGCAUCUUCGAGCUCUUUCGCAGUGCGUCAUAUGGUACCUGCUCCUCGUCCUGAAUCUCUUCCCCCUGUACUAGUACCAGCACGGCAUGAUCUCCAGCAUAUGGUACCUGCCCGUCAGGCAUCAGAACCAGCACUAGUACCGUAUUUUCGACCUCCAAGCCAACCCUUCAAUUAUUUGCAGAGUUCCAACAGUGGGUUAGUCGCCGCAGGACCACCAGCUCUACCACAACCAGCUCGUCCAGCUCCAGACCGUGUAAUGCUUCCUGCUCCAUUUCUACUUCCUACCGACGCAGCCCCGGGCGCUGCACUUGGUGCACCUCCUGCUGCGGUCGUGGUUCCACAACAGCCGCAGCAGGUUGUACAACUACAACCACUUCCUGCGGGCGCUCUUCUCGCACCUAAUGGAUUCGCGCCAGCGAUUGCAGCAGCACCUCCGUUUACUUUCACCGUCGAUCCCGUAGACCAGUUGAAGCGGCUGAUACAGGAACACUUUGAAAAGGAGAUUAUGCGGAAGUGGACACAGAACAUCGAGAAGGAGGAACAGCAGAGGGUGCAGGAAGGAACGGACGACGAGCACGAAGAUUUUACGGAGAGGCGGAGGUUCUACGAGAAUAAAGUGAAACCCCAUCUGUUGACUGAUUUUUUUAGAAACAGUAUCGUGCUUGCACAGGAAGAGCGCGAUAUUACCAACGGCAGGCCGUUGUAUGUGACCGAGAUCGGGUACGACGCCACUAAAGAUGACCAGCAACAGCAACCACGGGAACGUUUUACAAUAGUGAAGGAAUUGGGGCAAGGAGGUUAUGGGGCUGUGUACGCCGUUCUGGGAACAAAGGCCACGGUAAGACAUGACGGGACACAGACUACAGAAGCUCUGAAAGACAUGGGCAUUGAAAGCGGCGCCAAGGAAAUCGUAAAUCAUCUUGUGGCAGAUUUUCUCACAUCUGGCGUUUCAGAAGAAAAUCAAGAAAGGGAUUGUCUGCCAAAGCUCUGGAAAGUUCUCUGCUACAGCAACAAGCCAGGCAGAAUCGCCUUUAUGCAUUACAAUUAUGUCUGCGUCUGGGAUGAUGCAAGUUGGUGAUGCAGUCUUUCUGGUGUCGUCCUCGCACAACAUCAAUAAAAAUCUGUCCUGCACAACAAGCAGCACGAUUUGCUGUCUCAAUGUCACGCUAAAAGUUGUGAUGUGAAGCAUCAUGAUAGGCAACAUUAAGGAGCCUCUUCAAAACCUGAUAUUUUGCAUUGGCAUGCAUGGCAGACCAUUUGCGUGAUCAACAAAAUGCAUGGAGGAUGACGGUAAUUUUCGUACUGAGAUUACACGUUGUAUUUACUCCGAAAAAUGCAUGAAUAUGAAAAACACGCCCACUCGUCCAGACCCAGACAUGUUGCUGGGUUAUAGUCUUGGUGAUGGAGCAAUUUGCCGGAACAGUUGAUGGCUUACUGACACAGGCUCUAGGCCAGCCGAAAUGGGAUGACUCUGUUGUGACAAAAAUGAGCAACCGUCUCGGAAAUGGGGGAGGACUCCCGAUGAAGGGGUUGGCUCACAUCGCGAGGUGCUUUGCGCAGUGGCACAAGCACGAUUUUUUUCAUGGAGACUUCCACGCUGAUAAUGUUGGGAUGAAGCACAAUGGGCAACUCAUCAUGCUGGACUUCGGCUACGCCCAGUAAACCACGUCAAACUUCUCGCAGAGUCUGGCAUUCAAUUUCUUUGUUUUGUGCCUCAGUUGCGUGAUCUACUCGUACUCGCCCACCUAGAUUUUAUUCUGAGCCCGCACACACCUAUUGAUUCUGUACUUUAAGUUCAAGUUUAACAUUUUUCCUCAUCUUUCCACGUCUUCACAACUUAGCAUCCGGAGUAGGAUGAUCUGGAAGGGUUCAUCUUUAUUUAUGUGUGUCCAAAGCGUGGCGGGCGCGGAAAUUGAAGCAGAGAAUCCUUGCUCCGGACUCGAUGCCGCAAAAAAGGCAAAACAGAAACUAGCUGGGUAAUAGAGUAAAACUAAAAGCUGCAACUGGGUCACUUGCUACUUUCCGGCUCUGCGUGCAGGACGACGAAUUUUGCUGCCACAGAUUCCUUUCGGGUAUUGCAGACUUUCCGGACUAUACGCAGAUGUUUGCUAUGCACAUGAAGACUCUGGAGGUAGCCGUGCUGCCGCAGUUCCCACGCACUUCCAAGUCUUCUUCAUGGAUAUAAUCGUGAUUUUUUUCUUUUUGAAGCAUGAUCAGGUUUCCAGUGACCACCAUUCUUGCAUUUGAGUCACGCUCUCUUUGUAUUAUUUUUGAUGACAUUUUUGUCGAGCUCGAGAUGAACAAGAAGAAGUAGGACGAUGAUACUCAGUGACCGACACGGAUGAUAUUGAUGGUGGCGUGCGGUAGUUGUUCCGGGGCUGUGGCUUCGCGACUUAAUUUUUCGUGGGCAGAUUCUACGUAAGGCCAUUCAAUGACCACAUCAUGGCGGGCUGGGCUUGGCCUCCCGAAGAAGCAAGUAUUUUCGAAAAUAACGGUAAUCCGGCGGAUGCUUACGAAUCGCCGCGCAGGUGGAGUAAGCAGUUUGCAGGAAGGGUAAUGGAGCGGGAUGCCUUUGGCUUUGCGCUAAUUGCGUACGGCUCGUAUACAUUUCGUCGUCCGGGUCCUCAAGGUGGUGGAAAUGGUGCGCUCAUCAAUCCCGUUAAAUUACCGCUAAUACAAUCCUGGCACACAAGCUUCCAUGCUGGUCCGGGUGUUGCUCCUGCACAGAUCCCCCCCCAGUCUCCAUCAUUUUCCUUUGACAUGAGGCUGUUACCGACCAGAUAGGAAAUUGAAACGCUUUGGUCGGCGGGUGUCCUGUGGAUCUACUCGUGCUGCAAUCAUGUUCAUGAUAUUUUUUUGGAACCCAAAUAUAUUUAUUUGGACUGCAAGGAGAAGCCUACUAGUACGGAGAGAUUUAAGUAAAUGUUAUGUACUUAUACAUCCACAUACUAUUACUAGUUUGCGCUUUGCGCUCCCGUCCCCGUGCGUGUUGCCGCCCUUCUGAGGUUCUCGCUAGAUGCAUACGGACGAGGGAUAGUCAUUGUGACUACACUUAGCUUGCACAAAAGGGGCCUAAAAAGGUACAUACGAAUGCCCGGCAGCACGAGCAUGACCCAGUGUAGUCGAGACGCCUAUUAUGAUUUUUUCUCACGCAUAUUGAAAGCCAGCAUGCGGUCCGCAGCUCCACAGCGCGAGCGCUUAUCGAUAAAAUACUCAGAGAAGAGAGCACGGAGGAAUGGACAAAGUCUUGGAGUCUUGGCGCCAAUCACGCAGAUGCAGAAGAUUUUCAGUAUCGGAUGAGAGUUCACAUAAUGAGAAACAGGGGUAGCUUUCCCGAUUUUUUUUUGUUUUUAGACGAAAGGUAGAGGUAAAGUACACAAGGAGGAAAGCUGAAGCAGGUGUAUCACCAGAGGUCUUGAAGAAGAUGAAGAUGCUCUUCUGCAAUUUGCAUUCUCAUUCUCGCAAAGUAAAAGCCUUUCAUGCUCGUCAUGGUCCCAUAUAAUGGGAUGAGAUGAUGCAAAACAGGCGAAGUAGGCAUCAUGAUGCUAGGAAUGUUCAUGAUGAUUCAUGUGGAAUAUGAGUGCUUGAGGCCGCACUUUGCGAAAGGAGACGUGCUCCUUUCGGGGGUGCGGCCGCGGCUCACGAAUUUCAUGUGACAAUUACUGCAACCACUCUUUUCCUUCCGCACGUUUCUCCGGGAGGAUGAAAGGCAACCCCACAGCAUUUUGCACUCCCAUACGCCAAAGAGUCCGUGGUUUGACAAGAGCAGACUCUGUAUCUGUGAAAGGGUUGCGACAUCGCUGGGUGGCGACCGGUUGGCGGCGACCGUGGUCACGCGGCACCUCCUGGAUGCUUUGGGUGACGAGCAGAACCGGCCACAGCUGCCCGAUCUGGCAGGGGCGCUUGGGGCCGCAGCCGCCAUCGAGAAUCGUCCCGGAGUAUCGUUGGCGCAACCCGCCUGUCUCUGAGUCUGAUACUUGCGCGUAAAACUAAAAAGAAAAACAGUUCCGCAGCAUGUUAACAUAAGGCAUGUUAAAAAAGCUCCGAUUCUUGAAUUAGCAGGAUUAGGAUUAGCGCAGAAAGAUCAACAUAGGCUUUACCUACUUAUGAUGGAAGUAAACGCACCACACCGCAACAUGAUCACAUGUCGUAUGCAACCGUGUUAAGCACGACAUGUGACCUCUUGCGCUGUUGCGAAACGGGUCACCCCUUGCAGCACAAGUAAAGGAUCCAAAUCGCAAAGAAGAGGUGUAAGCCCUGUGUUGCUGGGGUUGAAGAGAAAGAGACAGGAGGUUUGCUUUUUGAUAAUGAGGGGCAAAUGGAGAGCCGGAGCCCUGCGAGUGCCGCUUCCAACGGUUUCUUGACGAGGAUGACGAACAGAACCAGAAGCGCGAGGCCUGGUUGAAAAAACUUCUGGUACUUUAGUAUCUUUACAGCUACAGGGACUUUUUUCUACAGAAAAGUAAAAGAUACACAAUUGUGGAGUCGCUUCUCAUCUAGCAUCUACUCCGUCAGCUGCAACGACUAUGACUUGAUAUCUAUAUACCACCUGAAUGUCUAUCGUGGUUCGGCUGCUGGUUUCAAAAAUGAACCACUGCAAAAGCAUUAACAUUGUAUGGCGUUUUUGUUUCGUCUAGCUCAGCGGCCGUUGAAUGCGAGGCGAAGCUUGCUGCGCAGAAUCCAUCUUCAUUUUGCAUAUGUGGGCUUUUCUGAGUCAGCAUUGCGAAGAUUGGUGUGACUCUCAUCAUGUAUUCGUUCGCAAUAUUUGAAAAGAACUGCCUGGACAGAGACGCAUGGAUGGAUCUCCUUCAAGCUCUGUUUGUUGAUCUACUAGACAUAAGGAAUCGGAAUCUCUAUGUUCACUAUCACGAAUACAGAAACGCGAACUCGAUCGGGGCGGCUUGACCGAUGCGCAGCAGAACAUGCUUGAGGCAAUGUUAGACCGUGUUGAACUCGACGACGGGAACGAGGAGUCCGACCAGCUGCAGUUCGAUCCGCACGACCAGGACGACUCGAUGGGACCAGUAUCGGGAACAAAACCACAGCU